AUGUCUUUCAAGAAGGAAACACCCCUGGCUAAUGCUGUGUUUUGGGCAGCGAGGAAGGGGAACUUGGCUCUGCUGCAGCUGCUGCUCAACAGUGGCCGCGUGGACGCAGACUGCAGAGACAGUUAUGGGACCACAGCGCUGAUGGUGGCGUCGUACAGCGGACACUAUGAGUGUGUCAAAGAACUCAUAAUGCAAGGAGCCGACAUCAACUACCAGAGAGAGACUGGUUCUACCGCCUUGUUCUUCGCCUCCCAGCAGGGACACCAUGACGUGGUGAAGCUCCUCUUUGAAUUCGGUGCCUCCACUGAAUUCCAGACGAAGGACGGCGGCACAGCUCUCACCGUCGCCUCUCAGUACGGCCACUCCAAGGUGGUGGACACCCUGCUGAAGAACGGAGCCAACGUUCACGACCAGCUGAACGAUGGUGCCACCCCUCUUUUCCUCGCUGCCCAAGAGGGUCAUGUGACUGUGAUCCGACAGCUGCUGUCAUCUGGUGCCAAAGUUAACCAAGCGAGGGAGGAUGGCACUGCCCCCCUGUGGAUGGCAGCUCAGAUGGGCCACAGUGAGGCGGUGAAGGUGCUGCUUUUACGUGGUGCAGAUCGGGAUGCUGACAGACAAGAUGGAUCGACAGCGUUAUUCAAAGCAGCUUUGAAAGGACACAACGGCGUUAUCGAGGAACUCCUCAAGUUUUCUCCGUCACUUGGCCUUCUCAAGAAUGGCUCCACUGCCCUUCAUGCUGCUGUUUUUGGAGGAAAUCUUCGAAGUAUUCUGCUGCUGCUCGGGGCAAACGCAGACCCCACACUAGCCAACCAGAAUAACGAACUCCCUGCAGAUCUGACAAAGAGCGAUCGCAUCCUUAAGCUUUUAAAUCCGAAAAUCUUAAAUGGAGGCAGCUGAUGACCAGAGUCCUGCCUUCAUUCUUGCCUGUACCACACUGUUGAUGCGUACUGAGGGGGGAAGAUAACAGCAGUGUCAAAUCUAUUCAAUUAGAACAUGUAUUGCACACGGUGCUUGCUUUUGACUGCAGCUAAAGUGAAACUGUCUUAUGCUGAACAAACCUGGAUUGAGAAUAGAGUAACACAGAAUGCAUUUGUCUGCCAUGUGCAUCACUUCCUUUAUGCUGUUCUCCUACAUUUGUUUUGUUCACCCCAGGUGUAGUAAGAUUUCUUGAUGUUUUGCACAAUAUUUAUUUGCCUUUUUAAUAAAUGUAAUAAAGUGUCA